AUGGAUGCUGAUGUCGGUGGGAUCGAUGUCGAUGAUGACGAUGACGACGAUGCUGGCAUAUUCAGCAUCGCCAAUGACCGCCAAAGUGAGGACGAAGACACCCUCAAUGGUGAAGACGACGUUCUUUCAGCAGUGCACACAAAGCGCACUGCUGUUGACAAGGAUGAAUCAGCAGAGGAAUUUCUGCUGACUCGCGAAGCGGUUGUCCGCUUCGUUCGAGACUCUAUUGCAGAUGCACUAGACAGACAGAAGAGAAACGCAGACAAACAUGUAAGAGCAAGUGUUCUUUCAUUUGAUAAAGGAGACCUAGCUUUUACUGUCUACAGUAAACUUACCGAAACACGCAGUGACAAAUGUGGGCAGCAGUAA